GAAAGUGUUUCAGAACUUGAAUCACCAAGUUUGAGGAAUGAGUGAGGAAGGCAAUUUUCCGGCGCCUACGUGGCUGACUGAGGAGUACGUGGAGCAAAAGUUACGUGUUUAUUUUAAGAAUAACUCCCUGAAAUUAAUCAAGCUCCAGAUCAAGCCCGCCAGUCCCAAGGGAGAGAAUUACGCAAGUGUAAUGAACCGCAUUAACGUGGAGUACACAACAACAUCCGAUUCAAAGAUCAAAAAGGCAACCAGUUUUCUGGUUAAGGCCACCUUUGCCGACAAGGAUCCUACAUCUGAAUUGCUUGCCGAUUACGGAAUCUACACCAGAGAGAUGGAUAUAUACGAACGGAUCCUGCCUGAUCUGGCGGAUAUGGUAAAGAAUGAAAUCGAGGACUCGCGAAAGUUGUUCGCAGCAACGGUGUAUGUGGAUCGUGAAAGGGACUCCAUCAUCUUCGAGGAUCUCUCUCUCGAGGAGUAUAAAGUAGCAAACAGGCUAAAGAAACUUGAUCUGGAGCACACACAUCUAGUUCUGGAGAAGCUGGCCAAUUUCCAUGCCGCCGCAGCCGUUUUGGCGAAACGUCAGCCAGGGAUCUUUGAAAAGAACUACGAUCGAGGCUUCUUUAACAAGCACACUAGAGGCUAUGAACCCACAAUGAGAAAUUUGUUGGAGGCUUUGUCCCGCUCCUUGGAGUUCAAUCAAGAUCUUAAGCAGCGUUACCAGGCGAAGAUCAAUCGCUUGGUUGAUCAUGUGAUGGAUUAUGGUGAACAGUCCACCUCAAUAAAUCCCGGAGACUUUGUUACCCUGGCCCAUGGCGAUCUGUGGACCACCAACAUCAUGUUCCAGUACGACGAAAAGGAUCAUCCCACCAAUGCCAUCCUAAUUGACUUCCAGUUCAGCGUCUGGAACUCUCCGGCCAUUGAUUUGCAUUACUUUUUCUCAACCGCAAUGGACGAUAACCUUCGGUGGAACCGUCAGACGGAGUUGGUUCAGUUUUAUUAUUACAAACUAGUGGCAUCCUUGAAGAAGCUCAAGUACUCAGGCCAAGUGCCAAGCUUAUUCGAUUUUCAGCUACAAUUUCAACGAAGAGCGUUUUACUCUGUCUUUUCUUCAUUAAUUUUUGAACCCUGCAUGCUGUACAUUGGCAAGGAGGAGGCAUCCAUUGCGCAGGGUAUGUCCGCCUCUGAGAGCGGAAUCCGGUUCAGAGAUUCAGUAUUUCAGGCCGAGCACAUCAGGAAAAAGAUGGUUUAUGCUCUGCCGUAUUUGGAUCAGUUUGGGUUGUUAGAUGUUAUGUGAUAUUUAUUUAUAAAAUAAAUAUUUUAUUUGCUUAA